AUGUAAGUGAAGAGCAUUCAGAUGUGGAGUGGAAAUUUGCCCGGACUCGACUUUGGUUGAGUUACUUCGAGGACAGCCCUACGUUGCCACCGCCCUUCAACAUACUCCCAACCCCAAAACGAAUGAUGAAGCUGUUCGGAAGGGGGGAAAAGAGCAAGAAAGGGAAUGUUAAGGAUGAAAAAUCAAGUGUUCAUGAUGUCCGCUAUACAGCGGUGAUGCGUGCCCUUGUGUGGAGAUACGUAUCGGCAAUGCACAGGAAGCUAGAUGAUGAACCAGUGACGGAGGAUGAUAUCAACGAGCUGAAGGGUGAUGUGUCAGCUCUCCGGUAUGAGCUGCUCGAUGUGUUGGGAAGGAAUGGCAUGGAUGUUUCCUUCACGGAUAGGAAAGAAAAGACGGUUCUUGCCAAACGCGUCAAGAUUUGGGAGCGUCGGUUGAUGAAAGACUUCCAAGUGGCUCCAGUGUCAGUUAUGAAUGAAGAUGGAAGACCAGUGCAUGAGGAUGCACUGUCCCGCUUCAGGAGAAUCGCCAAGAUGGCUGCAGCAGCUAGCAGCAAUGAUAAGUGGAAACUAACUCUUGCAGCAACAGGAAUGUCAUGUCAAAUCGGUAGAUGCCGAAGUCGUGAAUCAUUCAAGAGCCAACAGAAGCUGCAGCAGGCGAUGGAACAAGCGAAACGCCUGGUUAUGAGAUCUCCGUUACCAGAGAUAUCCCGAAGUGUGACUCCAGUGGAUAUGCCAAAGUCUCCCGGCCAUAACUUGCUGGCCCUCAUCAGGGACAUCUCUAGUGAUGUCGGUGCCCAUGUUGACUUGAGAACACCCACACAUUUAAGACCAGAUGACACUAGGGUGCUUCUGUCACCCAGUUCAUAUCUAGAUGAUACAACGAAAUUGCAUCGACCUAUUCCUAAGCCUCGAUCACGAAGCGCUUCACCGAAUAGACCACGGCGAAAUCUCAGUCCAAUGCCAAAUCGAGUGAUUGAUGCCACAGACGUACCAAAGGUUGCCACGAAGAAACCACCGCUUUCUUCUGGGAAAUCACAGGACAGUGAUAAGUCAUCGGAUGAAAUUGUUGUGGCCAGACCCGUGGCGCCUGACAUGAAACCAGUGGGUUACCUACCCCCUCCACCUUAUACCAAGAGUAAGAUGCAACCACCGCCGACAAUGGAAGUAACGCCAUGCACUCCGAUAUGCACGCGUGGACGAUCGCCCAAACGUGGACAUCUGAAGGUGUCACCUCAACCUAGAACUCCGUCACCUAAACAUAUUCCGCAGACUGGUUCUCCAGUAGACUCCACGACAGCAGCCAGCACUGAACAUCUGGUACCUCCACCAGUUACUCUGCGUUCACUAAAACUGGAGGAUGAUAUACGCAGCAUCAAGCGACCAUCGAGGACUGGCUGGCUGUAGAUUUAUCUAUAACCAUACUGUCCUACCAUGACAAUUGACAAUCCCUACUUAUAUUAUUAAUGUGAAUGUAAAUUUGUUUGUUACGCUUUCACGCCUAAACCACUCAACCGAUUUUGAUGAAACUUACUACAGAGAUAGAGAACAGUGGGUGGAAGUUGAGUAUGACAAUUCGUCAUUAUCGAAGAUAACACCAUGAAAAUUUUCCAGGUUUGCAGGCAGGUUUGUUUGGAAUACCGGGAAAAGUCUUUCUAAUAAGGCGUUAGUUCGUUGUGAUACCAUAUUAGUAGCCUUUUGUGUGUAGUUUAGAUAUCGCCUCAUUUACAUUAAUUUGUAACAUAACCCUUAUCAGAAGAACCGUCCAAAUUGCAUAAUUUAACUUAUGCUACAAAACUGGCAUAUACUAUAAGCCCUGACCUGUAUAAUACCACUGGACAGGCUGUUCCAUAUAAUUGACAAUUUUUUGUGCCUAUUUGAAACGCCACUUGCGAGCAUCCAGGGAACUAAUUUUGACGUAUUACACAAAUGGCUGCGAAGGAUCGUACAUUAAUCUGAAGUAUUUUUGCAUUUUGAAUUAAUUUCGUUCGUUUUUCGUGUUAUUUAUACUUCAAGAAUCAACGUAAUAAAGUACACUUUUUUUUUUGUAAAUAGAUUACCACCAUCUAUCGAUGUUUGCUGAGGUUGUCAUCACUAGUUUUACUACCGCAGACUCUCGUUACAUGACCAACUGCGCCAAAAUGGCGAAUAUCAAACAGGCACAAAAGCACUUUGACAGCCGCCACUCCAGUGGUAUAUAGUAGAGGUCAGUGACUCUAAGUAAUAAUUGUGAUACUAUUUUAUUAAUUUAAGCUUACUUCUGUAUCGCAUAAUAAAAAUUAACCACAUAUUGUGUUAUGCCGGCACUUCAAACAGUUAUUGGACACAGUAAACAGUAAUUGGGCAUUAUCAGCGAACGCAGCUUGUAGGCAGGCCCAUCUAUUUUUCGGCUGAAAAGUAUAUCGGUCCAGACCUCCAAUAGACCAGUGCUGAAGCCAUUAAAAAUGAUAAAAAAGUAAAAAAAAUUAUAGCAGGUUGAGACCCAAUGGAAAAGGAAGAGAAUAUAACAAA